CUUUUUUUUACAGUGAAUACCACAUCUGUCACUAAGCCUGUCUCUACUGCAAGCUAUGAGGCAAGUAGUGGAAACAAAACUGGUGAAAGUGCAAAUGACACUUACUGUGGUGCGACACCCAAGCCUCACUCCUCUCCUCCUACUAUACAUCGCCAAGUUGAAAGAAGGCGAGAACUGGUACGGUCUCAGACACUUCCACGAACUACAGGAACACAGGCCAGGAAAGCACUUUUUGAGAAAUUUGAGCAAGACAGUGGAAAAGGAAAAGGACAAUCCAGACCUAAACUGAAGAGAUCGCAGAGUUUUGGGGUUGCCAGCGCUAGCAGCAUUAAACAAAUUUUGUUAGACUGGUGUCGCUCAAAAACCAUAGGAUACAAGCACAUUGAUCUCCAGAACUUCUCCUCAAGCUGGAAUGAUGGGAUGGCAUUCUGUGCUCUUGUACAUUCUUUCUUUCCUGAAACUUUUGAUUAUAAUAAGCUUGAUCCAGCUAACCGCAAGCAGAACUUCGAGCUGGCUUUCACCAUGGCUGAGAAAAUGGCUCACUGUGAUCGUCUGAUAGAAGUGGAUGACAUGAUGAUGAUGGGCCACAAGCCAGAUCCCAUGUGUGUCUUUACCUAUGUCCAAUCUCUGUACAAUCAUCUACGACGCUUUGAAUAAAACCAUCACCACCCAUCCAGCCAGAAUGAUCAAGUAUAUUAUGCUAAUGGGAAGACUGACAUUUUGCAAAUAGAACACUGUUAGUUCUUGCAAGCAUGUGGACAGUGAAAAGCAUUCAAUUGUAUUUGCUGACUGAAGUGUUGCUGAGCAGUGCCUGUGUACUUUUGGUGCUAAUAGGUAACUCCUUGUCCUGUUGCUACAUUACUGGGCUACAGUUUUAUACGCUGACAAGUAAUUCUGCUAUGAAGAUGUUCCCUCCUAAAAAUACAGGUAAAGCUCUAGGAGGCAGCUACUUCACUUCCACUUCUUUGCUCAGCAUACCACAGAAGUAAUAGCAGUCAGACAAGAAAAAUCCUGGUUAGCAAAUUUGGCAAUAUUACCCCUCCACCAUCCCCAUCCCAUUUCAGCAAACAUGUGCAUGCACACAUUAAAUAGGCACUAUUCUAAGCUCUGGAGAGCAGUGAUCCAGUGUGGACAGGAAUGAAGCCUUUACAGCUUGUUCAGUCCUCACGUUCUCUCUAAUGUGGCCAGGCAGUGUUCCAAAAAAAGAAGUGUGAAAUACAUGGGAACUCUAAAAUGCCUUGGGCUAGUAUCUUUUCAAUAUAAUUUCAAUUAAAUUAAUGUUAAAUCAGCAGUGUCUUCAUUAACUAGAGUGGGUUUAGAUCAGAAUUGCUAGACAAAAAGUUCAUAUUUUAUCUUUUCUGAUUUUCUGUUUGCUAAAUCAACAUAGCUUUGUUUUCCCAUUGAACAUUGUAAACAAAACCAAUAAACAAGCAUAUUUUUUUUUCUAGGGCCUUUUAUCUUAUUUCUAUUCUAAGAAUAGUCUAUAUAAAAUAAAAACUGCCAGCCACAAGCCCUCUACUCAUGCUAGAUAAUGGGUUUUUAACCUGCAUUUAUUUAUGUUCUUUGUAGGUAGUUACAAAGAUGACUUUGGCUCUGUGUUGAUGACCAUUUAUAAUAAAACAUAUCAAAUAUUCUUUAGAAUUACUGCUUCUCUAUAGAAGGAUUUUAUUUUAUCCUUCCUUUCCAGUGAAGUUUACUUAAGAAACCAUGAAUGAAGCAACCACUUUAUCAGAAAAAUUCUGAAAAGAAAAAACCAUGUAAAGGUAGAGUAUAAGCUAACUACUGAAGAGCUGGAUUACCAAGAUCUGUUCAAAGUGUGUCUAGCCUGUUUCUGCAACAUGUUGGAAACAGCUUGGAAGCAUGUUUUAAAUGUGCAUCUUAGUAUGUAUCUGAAGGACAUGUGAUCAAACUAGUAGUAAUCCCAGGCACUGCUCAUACAAGUUUAGUGCAAGUGGACAGAGGACAGGCAAGUUAUUUGUAAUGUGUCUGCCAUUGUCUUUGGUUCUUAACUUUUUUUGAAUGAUCAUAGUUCUGACGAAUAAACUGAUCCAACAAACACUGUAAAAAUGAACAAACUGUAGUUGUGUUUUGGAGAAAUGAUCAAAUUAGGCACAAUGAGAAGUGAGUCUGCAGUAGGUAUGUGAUGUGCAUAUUUCCAUUCUUAUAGUAGAAUAUUUUUCAUUGACUAGCAGAGCCAAGUUCCACUGAAGCUAUAUUACUGGCAGUAGCAGCUUUAUACAUUUAAUUUGUUCACAGUUUCAGGUCAUGAAUGAUUGUCCUGUGUGAUUUGAGUGCUAAAGACAUGGUUAAGUGUUUGGCCAAUUUUGGUCUAGUAGCAAAUAAUUAUAAAAAAGGAAAUUCUAGGCAGAAGAAGUUUUGCCGAUUCACUAAGGGGAAUUAACAUUUUUGCUACAGUUUAGCUUGUUCACAUCUACCCAAAAGCUAUUUGCACAGUUUCCAAAAUUCCUCCCACUUUAAAGAGACGAUCAUAAAGAUAUCUUGCCAGCUGGAGAGUAGAAGACUGUAAGCUGGUUUUAACUCCUCAUGGUUUGUAUAUAAGGACAUGAUAGAUAUGGUACUAUCACAUAGUUAUUGAAAAGUACAGUGCACUAAAAUGCAUUAAGAGAAUGCCUGAUCUAUAAUAUAUAGCCUGGAUGAGAUUGUAUGAUUAAAUUUAAUAAUGUAUGUAAAGUAUGCCCCAAUGUUUUUUUAGCAUUUCUAGUUAAAAGUAUGAUGGUAAAUGUAUUUAACAUGAAUGACAAAAGAACAAUAUAUUAAGUCAGCAUAUUGUAUUUUACACAGAUGGAGUGUCUUGGAUUUUUUUUUUUUACAAUUUCCGCACUGUAUCUAAAAUUCAGUACUAUCUCAGAUAGUCUAUUAGCAUCUUUAUCCUACUUCUAAAGGCUAGAUCAAUUUUUUUCUGUGUCAGAUUUUCAAAAUACUCCUAGCAGAGCUAUUACCUACUGUUUAGGUGAUUAUAUUUUUCCUUGUUAAAAUUUUCAAAACCCUCAUACUUUCAGCCUUUAAACAUACUUCAUUCUCUUUAGUCAGUGUUUUUGUUUACAAGCCAUUUCUGAGCAGUUUUGCCUUAGAACAUAGCACUGAAAUAAACUGCAUGCUAGAAGAUUAACCUACAGAAGCUUUGAGUAAUUCUGUUCUCAAAAAGCAAUGCAAGUGACUCUCCAUCUUAUUGUACUAGCCAUAUAUGAAAUUAACAACAAAGAGAAAAGGAUACCUGUUAAAGAUGCACACUGAAAUCUAAGCAGUGCAAGCAUUUUCUUAGGCCGUAGUUCACUGCCACUGUCUAUUUGAUUUUCACUUUUGAAAAAUUAUCUCCAUAAGUGACUUUCAAGUAGCCAAAUCUAUUGACCCAUCUGAAGGCACUGCAUCUGUUACAAAUAGAUAUUAUUACAGUAAGAUUAAAAUGGCAGCCCAAGCAAGUCCAAGGGAUCUGUCCCAAACCUGCCACUGGCAGAGAUUUUAGACUUGUUGAGAGUCUACAGCAUCUCUGCCUCUAAAAAUCCUAGCUUCUGACAAGGUCUUGUAGACAUAAAUGGUAAAUGCCAUUAAAUCAGUACUCAUAUCAUAAGACAAAUAGUGAUAGAAGUGGAGGAAACACUCUAUGAACCUAGAAGAUUCUUGUUUUAUUGAGCAAAGCAGCAAGAAAGUUCUGAUUAGCCUACACAUUCUGGACUGAGAGAGGAAAUACAGGUAAAAUUCCCAGUUCCUCUUUAUCUGCAUUCUGGUUUUGAUGCUGUCCAAUGGAGCACUGUCACGAAUGCUGACUGUGCAAGCAGCAGUACCAAAUACAGCAGUGAUAACUGGGAUCAUCACCUGAUCAAGCAUGGAUGGAAGUAGGGAAGAGAUUGGGAUAGGGCCCUAGGAAAGAAUAUUCCAUGAACUUGAACUUUUUAGGAAAAAAAAAACAACAAAACAACAUUCACUUUGAGAACUAUUCCUCACCUCUAGUUUGUUAGUUUUACCUCAGUGUUUGCCAAUGAUGAAACAUCAAUAAUGCUCUUAUGCAGGGAAAUUGAACUCUCAAGCUGUUAAAGGCUUAGCUGGUUUUUAAAAGUAUACUUAAGCUGCCAUUCCAACUGCUGAUUUUGUCUCAAUAUACACUGCUAAAGAAGUUAUCACAGAACAAUCAAAUAGCCCGGUUUGAAUCUUAUGAACAGGAACUGUCAGCCCCCGUUAUAUUCUACGUAAACCUGUAAAAGAUUGUGUCAUUUAAAAUUUGUUCAUGAUUCAAAAAAGGCUUAAAAAGGACAAAAAUCAGGCUGCAUCCUGUAAUUCCCUCUAAGAAAGUGCCUUCUUAUGUCCACAAACACGUUACAUAGAGACAAUAAUAUAUAAUAAAUUUGAUUUGUUCUAAGAAAUCAUAUAAAGGCCAGAGUCAUGGUGACAGAGAACUACUGCUGUCAUCACACUCUUAUUCCCAUUUCUAAAGCAUACAGUGGUGAUGGGGUGAUACUGUGAUACUGUGAAGCAAGUGUAGUACUUUGCCUUUGGCCAGGGAAUAGGAUACAGUAAUCAAGAUAAUAUUAAAUAAUAAUACUUUUUACAUAAUAAUACAGAUUUACAAUACUAAACAGCGUUUGUAGUAAGAGGUAAAAUGCAUGUUUGAAGUAGAACAUGCAAACUCAUCAUGCAACUCUGUAGCUGCAUAUCACAUUCGUUCAUCUUUCUUCUCAUCCCUACAAGUUAGUUUCAGCUAAUAAUCAGCUACAGUCUCACACUUUAUCCUAAUGCCAGUAAAAUGUGAAAAAGCAAAAAAAACCCUACCCUAUAGUAAUCUUUAACAUGCAUGGGUCUAUGAAUAAAGACUAUGCAGGAAGCAUUUAUUGUUACUGAUAAUAAGUUCGUAUAACAUUGUAAAAUUCAUCCCAUAAAUCUGGGCUUUUUAAUCAUACCUACUAGACAGCUCAGUUUACCUGAUAUCACAUUUUGGAAUAGAUAUAUUAUAUACAUCAAGACACUGUGAUCUUGGAUAGUUAACUUUACACAGUGACCUGCAAGGCAAGGUACAGACUUCAGUCAACUUUUUCUCAUCAGAUUUGUAAAAUGUUAGCACAUUAAACACAGAGUUUGAUAUUUCAACUGCAUUGGAGUUGGUUUUGACUUACGUCUGUCUCUACUGAUUGUGCUGUUAAAUUCAUUUGCAGCUGCUUUUUUUUUCUUUUUUCUUUUCCUGUUGUUGUCGUUGUAUUUACAUGCGCUGUAUUUACAUGCGUGGGAAUUUGGAUGUAGUUUUCAGUACACCCAGCAGCCCAUCUACAAGUUCGCAGUGGAAAGCACUGUGCAGAUCUCAGCACUCUGCAUAUCAGGAAACACCCGGGCAGCAGCUGCUGUGCCGCACCACCUUUCUGCGAGGAUAUGAUAGUGAAGAGAGCAGGUGGUCCUGGGGCAUUUAAUACAAAUUGUAACAAACAUUAAAAUAUGCCUUUGUGAAUUUAGAGAAACGUGUAUGUUUUUGUUAGCAUGAUGUCAAUGUCAAGAUUAUUAUGGUCGUACAUGACAUCACAACGACCACCUGGGCAUCAGUUCG